AAGUAGGCUACAUGAGUGAUUGCCAUUGCCUGAAGUUGGUCUAAAUCACCACUGCUGCUACAUUGAUUUCUGAACUGUAGACAAACGGUGGUUUUAAGAUCCAACUAAACUUCGGUGUAAAGAUGUUGAUAAAUACAGAUUCAUCGACACUUUGGAACAGCUCUCUUGAAGAAAAGUUAGCCAACGACGAUGCGCUGGUGGAGUUUCUGAAUGCAUUUUUAAGCCUCCCAUCAUUUCCCGAAACUAUAAAAUACAACACGGAGACCGGAGCUUUUGAGGUGGUGAGCGAUGCAGCCGAAACUCUUCACAACCGAAUUCGAACAGCCUUGCACGAAUAUGAGACUAAAUUUCUCGCAGAUUCGCCGUGGUUCACCGCAAUCCCCAUGUUUGACAACUCCUACACAGUUCUGUGUAUGGACCGAGAUCAAGGGAUGAAGUGGGCUAACAAAUCAAGACUGCCUUUGUUUUUACAAAGUGACUACUACUUUGAUUACAGAUUGGUGAAGCUCCUCUCCCAGCUGGUCUGUCCAGGUCAGAGACUGGACAACACCUCUGCCCCUGCUCUCUGCUCCGUUUAUCCACAACCCCCUUCACACUGUGCAGCACAGGAUCUUAACAAGGAUCGAGUGUCUUUCAUCAAAGGGGAAAGCCCGGCUGCUCGUGAGCACAGGAACGGCUGGGACACAUCUGAGCAGGUCAGGGGAGCUGAGGCGGAGGCCUGUCUGUACCUCACAGAAUCCUCUGAGCAGGAGGAGACGACGAGUCCGUCCACGCGCCCGGGCACAGCCGACCCCGGGGAGGGUCGUCUCAUCAGCAGCCUGGUCAACCACGUCCUGCAGGUGGCAGUGUCUGAGCUGCAGGUGGGCGCUGCCAGGGCCGGGCUGGACACCCAUCAGCGGGCACCAGGGGCAACCGAGCCCCUGCCACACACAGCCUGUGCGCCGGCUGAAAUGAAUGAGUUUAAUAACGGCUCGGCCGCGGAUGAGCCGGCAGGUGGAGACGGUCACUGUUUGUGUUUCCAUGGCUCCAGACAGGGCCUGGAGGACUUCAAGAGCUUUUUACAGGGCACCCCCGGGGAGAAGGUCCUGCAGCUGUGGAUGGACAUCGAGAGGCUGAGGACCCUAGCGAGCCCAAAGACUAAAAACAGGCACUUGGUGAAGAUGCGGAACCAGUACAUGGCGAGCAGUGGCUGUAGGGCUCUGAGUUCUGAACUGCUCUCCAGGCUGGGCCUGGCUAGCUCCUCCAGCUGGACAGAGGACACGCUGCUGCUGCACACACAGCCCCGUCUCUCUGAAACUCUACGAACAUACUGGGGCCCACUGUUUUGUUUGGUGAGGUCUGCCAGUGAGAGACGAAGCCUGCUGGACCCACAGCAGCAGCCUCAUUGGCAGAAGCGAUGUUUCCAUUCAUCUGCUGCUAGAGGGCCCAACCCCAGCUACACCACCCUGCCUCCUGUGCUUUCCAGAGCUCCACCCUCACCUGCUGAACAGCCAAUGUCUGGCAGCAGUACCCCAGUGUUGGAGGGCAGGCGCAUGGAGAGGAUGCUUCAGGCAUUACAUGUGGAGCCCAGAGCUGGCUUCUUCUUCACCCGCUUCUGUGAGCUCUCGGGCAACAAGCUGUGGGAAAGCGCCAUCCACUUCUGGACCGAUCUGCAGGAAUACCAGCAGCUCUUCUACCAGGACGGCUUAGACCCUUACAGAGCCCGGAGGAAGGCCCAGGUGCUGUACUCCACCUACCUGUGCAGUGCAUCCCAGGAGAGCAUCGGUGUGGGUGAGGAGUGCAGGAGGCAGGUGUUCGAGCGCUUGACUCCCCCAUUUGAGGAGCUGUUUGACGGGGCAGAGGAGCACACUCUCAGCCUCCUCCUGGAGCCCUGGACCCUCCUCACCUCUCAGGACACAGACAUCUAUGAACAGGUGGAUCUGUGGGAAGAAACCCGCCAUGAUGAGACAGCUGAGUACCGGAAGCUCCAAGCACUGCACACAGAGUCUGUGCGGAGGAUGGAACAGCUGGCGCUGGAGUGCAAGGCUGCGCCUCCGCCACCAGAGGUCCCUAGAGAACCAGACUCCUGGGCGCAGGUUCCGCAGCAGUUCAGAGGGUUCCGUCUGGUGUCUGUGCUCCGGAACCGCACGGAGCUGCAGCACUUCCAGGCUUUUCUGGAGGAGAAUUCUGCCAGCAUGGACCUGCUGUGCUGGUUGGACCUGGAGCAGCUGAGGAGGACCUCCAGCCAGCAGCAGGAGCAGAGAGCGCAGCGCUUCUGUGCCAUCAAGACCAAGUACCUCAACAGGAAGUACUUCUUUGGGCCUGGUAGCCCUGCCACCAAACAUCAGCAAGAGGAGGUCAUCCGUCUGGCUGGUGGCUGGGGCCAGCUCCUGCAGAGCGGUCUAUCCGGAGCUCCGCUGACAGAGAUGCAGAACAUCGUAAGAAACCGCAUCGAGAGAAAAUGGCUGCCUGUCUACCUGUCCACACCUGACUUCAGUGAGCGCCAAAAGCUUCAGCCCCAGACAGAGGAUCGCAGGAGGAGAUACCACAGGAGGAGGAAGCAGCCCUGGAAGCUCUCUCAGCAGGCAGACAGUGCCUGGAUGGCCUCGUCCAGGGAGGUGCUGGCCUUCCGUCAGGCUCUCCUCAGCCCGCUCACCUGCCUGCAGUUCCAGCGCUUUGUGGCCCUGAAGGGGGACCUGUACGAGAACGAUGUGCUCUUCUGGCUGGAGGUGCAGCGAUACAAGGACCUGUGCCACUCGCACUGUGACGAGGCCACCGUCCAGCACAAGAUCAGCACCAUCAUCAGCUGCUUCAUCAGCUCCAGCGUGCCCCCCGCCCUGCAGAUCAGCGUCCCCCCCGAGCAGGCGCGCACCAUCCUGGACCAGAGGAGGGAGCUGGGGCCCUACGUCUUCAGAGAGGCCCAGAUGUGUGUGUUCAGCGAGCUGUAUAAGCUGUGGCCCCAGUUCCUGGACUUCAAGAGCAGCGUGGGAGAGGGGGAGGACCUGCUGUCCGUCCUGGAGAGGAAGAGGGCCCGGCAGAGAGAGAGAGAACUGCAGCGCAGGAGAGAGGAGGAAGAGGAGGAGGAGGCGAGGAAGGCUCAGCAGGAGGCCAUGAGCAAGCAGCGGUGGAGUUCGGGGAGUGUGUGUGAGGAGGCUGGUGGAGAGGGUGGAGAGGGCAGGACGGAGCACGAUGUGGAGCUACUCCUCCCUACAGACCAGCUGUCCUGGUCCUACUCCAAGUACAUGGCAGCGCUGGAGAGAGAGUCGGCACUGAUCCGCAAGCAGAUGAUACAGGAAGAAGCCCUCGCCUCCUUUAGCACAGGAAGGGAUUCCGUGUCCACCCCUAGCGUGAGGUCAGUGGUCAGCAGGAGGCCCCCGGGCCACAACCCAGCCGCCACUCACACGAGAACACACACGCCAGAGGGCGCUGGGGCCAACACACUCACAGGUCGCUGAGUGAGAUAAUGUCGUUUGAUGAUCUAAGGUGAGGGCUGCUCUGAGGAGACCACUCUCUGGCGCCCACUAGUGGACACACCUGAUGGCGCCGCUUGAAGGGAGCUGCAAGUGAAUGACAUUUUGUGCUGUGUGAGACGCCUUAUGACAACAUAAUCUUUAUCUAAAUGUGUGUAUUAGAAAGAGAGACAUGACAAUCAAGUUAAUUAAAUAUUUUAUUAGAAUGUUAUAUUUAGUGAUUGAUACAUCAUUGUCACUAACAUGAACGCUUCUGUUGGCUUACAAAAGGAUGACCUCUCCAUGUAGUUGACUUGUUCUUUCACACAGGGUCUAGUAAAAAGGCUUCUUAAUAAUAAACAUUUUUUUUUAGCAAUAGGAAGAUGUUGGCAGAGAUGAAUGAGUAAAAAACAAACAACAAAUAAAAAAAAUCAAACAUCCGUUACGUAAUGUCAUCUAUAAAAAAAUAUACAAAACCCAAGAACCCAUUCACUCAUCUUUUGGUUGGUAGCCAGGACACACAGAGACGAACGAGCCGCAAACCACACACACUUUUAUUGCACGAAUAUUGGCAUGGCUUCCGCAUCCCACUCUGAAGCACGAGUAAUGUGUAAACGCACGGGACGACCAGCAAGCAGCUCACCAUCACAUUUCAUAUUCAUAACAAUCAUCAGCGUAGACGCAGGAGACGCAGAGAGGAGAGGAAGGCAGAGGAGUCUUCAGGCUGACCGAUGCACGUCUGAAGCAAAGAUUUUAGAGCAUAUCACUCUAAUAUCUUUGUUCUGAAGGGUGACUCCGUAAACAGUUGCUAAUGUCCUCUCCUGCUCCCUCUCCCCCCUGCUGUUA